GAAGAGAAAAUGAUGCCACUGUGAGAGGCAGUGGUGCUGAGCUCCCUUGUCACUGUCCUUCACUGGUACUCCGCAUCUCUUUUCUUCAUGAAAUAGGAUUAUCUUUUUUUUAAUUGUACAUUAGUAAAUAAUUUACACCUUUUCUUACAAGAUUUGGGAAGAAGCCUUUCAAAAUAAAUAUGCUCUAUUACUUUUAUGAGAGAUUAGAACAAAUAAUCAUGCUUUUGGGUUAUGUUCUCUAGAAGCGGGAGAAAUCUCAUACAUUGAGAAGAUUUUCUCUUAUGUGUUUUCAGGUUUUCUGUCUUUGUUGGGGUGCUGCAGUGUACAGUGCAACAAAUUUCUUGUGGACCAGUUCCCCACUUUUCAAAGCAAACUUCAGGAAAAAGAUAGAGCUUUAACAUGAAUGAGCAAACACUCCAGAUAGAAGAAAAUCAUUUGUCUCUAAGCUUAUCCUGCUUUCUUCCUUCUCUUCCCCCUUCUUACCUUUUACUGGAGAUCAAGUGGGUUUACUGGUUUGAUUUGCUCUGGGAUAGUAGGUGCCUUGCAAUUUUAGGCAGCACAGAGGAAUUCCUCACACUCUGAGUGCAGGGCAGUGGAGUGUAUUAUCAGAUAUGUUUGCUCCCUCAAGUGUCCAGAAGUGGUUUUCAGGGUCUUGGAUUUUUUUCUUUAGUUUUGUGAUGGAGACAGAGUCCAAGUCUCACUGUGAUGAGCAGCACCCUCAUCAGGCUGAAGACACAAGCAGAAAGCUUGCACAGAGCAGUAAGCUUUCAGCAGGAAUAAAAAAAGAUAUUGAAAAACUUUAUGAAGCAGUGCCGCAGCUUGUAAACGUGUUCAAAAUUAAGGAAAAAAUUGGAGAAGGUACUUUUAGUUCUGUUUACUUGGCCACAGCGCAACUGCAAACAGGAUGUGAAGAAAAAAUGGCUCUGAAGCACUUGAUUCCAACCAGUCACCCUCUGCGAAUUGCUGCUGAACUUCAGUGCCUCACAGUAGCAGGGGGACAAGAUAACGUUAUGGGAGUUAAAUAUUGCUUUAGGAAAAAUGAUCACGUGGUUAUUGUUAUGCCAUAUCUGGAACAUGAAUCCUUCUUGGACAUUCUGAAUUCUCUUUCCUUUGAAGAAGUGAAAGAAUACAUGUUUAAUCUGUUUAAAGCAUUGAGGCGCAUUCACCACUUUGGUAUUGUUCAUCGUGACGUCAAACCCAGUAACUUUCUCUACAACAGGAGGCUGAAGCAGUACGCCUUGGUAGAUUUUGGCUUGGCGCAAGGAACUCCUGAUACAAAAAUUGAACUUCUCAAAACUGCCCAUUCUGAAGGCCAGCAGGGAAGUUACUCGCAAAGCAAUCCCAGCAUAGCUUUGGGAAAUGGGGCUUCUGUCGCUGUCACAGCACCUAAACAGAUUCCUCAACAGUUAGCAUCAAGAGCAUCUGAUAAAAGCUCACACUCAAAAAUACAGAUUAAACAAGGAAGAGGAGGAAAGGAGGAUUCUGUGCACCAUUCUGCCCAACGCUCUGUCUUUGGAGAGAGGAAUUUCAACAUCUAUUGUUCCACAUACCAGGAGAACUCAAAUACAAAAGUAAGAAACAAGACUCAUCAGUAAGAGCAAUUUGUUAAGUCUUAGAGAAAUUAUAGAACUAGUUCUAUAAGAUUGGGCAGAACCCUGUGAAACUAAAGUUCUCAGCUGACAAUUAAGAAUACAGAUUAUUAAGUGCGAUUUCACUGAAAGGCUUGAAGAGUUUUUCAUUUGUUUCAGUCCCUUUUGAAACUCUGAAGAGGUGUUAUGUACAUGUCUCCCCAGCUCAUGUUCUUUGUAUGCUAGUUGGUAUCUUUCCUACACGUGUACCUUUCCGCCAAGAUAUCUUUAGUUUGUGAAACCUUUGCUUGUUAUUUUGCAACUGAAGCUGUAGAGAAAACAAGUAUGUAAUAAACGUUUUUAUUUUGUUGUUAGGAAUUAAUGUGAGAUGGAGGAAAACCCCAACUAAAUUAGAAGGCUUGUCUAACAAUGAUCCUCUUAUUGUAGAAUUAAAACUAGUGCUACUUUGUU